CUUUUCCUUCAUUCCCGUCAACUCUGGUCGGUUCAUGUCGACGAUAACGUUACAAUAUGCAAGUUGUAGUCGACUACUAUGGCACCCGGUUCAGGCAAGACUAAGGUAAAAACUGGGUGUCGCACGUGCAAGGCGCGGAAAGUCAAGUGUGAUGAAGGCUGGCCUUCAUGUAGGAGAUGUCUCUCUACAGGCCGCAUCUGCGAAGGGUAUGGAAUAUGGGGCGGAGGGGAAAAGCAUCGUCACCCCACUUCCGCCGUCCACAGCACCAAGCAUUCCGAAAUCGUCAUAUUUGCGCCGACACCCAUCGAAACGGCAAACAAAGAUGAGAGCCGAUGUCUCGAAUGGUUUACGCAUCGAAGCGCCUUCAAGCUUCCUGGUGUUUUUCGCUUUGAAUUCUGGGAUAAGCUCGUCUUUCAGGCUGCCUCAACUGAACCGGCUGUUCGGCACGCAAUCCUCGCGCUAGGCUCAGCUCAUAAGAGAGAAGGUCGUGUCAGCCUCAUUCCAGCAUUGGACAUCACCCCGGACAAAGAAGAACAGUUUACGCUGCAGCAGUAUAGCAAAGCGAUCACCUAUCUUCAGCCGCAUUUUUCAUCCAGGGAAAAUUCUUCAGUUCGCGUUGGCCUUCUUACAUGUUUAAUUUUCGUAAUCUUGGAAUUCAUCCGAGGCCGCUACAAAACAGCCAUCACCCAUCUUCAGAGUGGCUUGAAACUCCUGGACGAAUCUCAAGCUCGGUCAGAUGACGUGGAGAGUUAUAGCUUAUUCUCGGAGCCGUGUCGUGAUUCGGUAGAUGCUUGGAUUAUUCAAGCUUUUAUCAGGCUUGAUGUUCAGACGAAACUGAUGGGCCAAGGGUCGCACUAUCUGAACUUCAUUCGAGAGGAUCGUACCCCCGAAAUCCCAACCCACGGGUUCGCCUUCCAGUCCAUACAUCAAGCAAGACAACAUUUAGAUCGUUUGCUUGGUCAGAUCUUAUACUUAAGUCACGAAUAUCGUUCUCAAGCCAGACGUCGAGCCAAAAUCUAUCUCAAUAGUUAUUUACUUAGACAACGACGUAUCGAGGCCAAGCUUGGCGUAUUAUUCCCAGCAUUUAAGAUCUUGAGGGAAAACCAAAUAGUCGAAAGAGUCAGCACGAGUAAUGUAGCCUUUACACUACUACACAUAUACUACCUCCUGGCGGGAAUAAUGCUUGAUACAUGUCUCCGGCCAACAGACCAAUUAAGAUACGACGCCCAUACGAAAUCCUUCCUGGCAAUAAUGGAUCAGAUGAGAUUAUUAGCGUACAUCACUUCAUCUACCGUCUUGUAUAAGGUUUUGCAUCUGCCAAACAUGUCCAGCACUAUCUCCGACCUCGGUGCAUUCCCGCCUCUCUUUUAUCUAGUUACUAAAUGUCGGGUAAGCUGGAUCAGGCACGCUGCUCUUGAUUUCUUGAAACGAUUACCCCACAAUGAAGGGAUUUGGACUGGGCGAAUGAUAUCAAGCAUAGCGGAGGAAGUGGUCAAAAUCGAGGAAGGUGACUUUUACGAGGGUGUUGCUGCGACCGACGAAGCUUCCUUCUGCAGCGCCUCCGACAAACUCGAGGUCCUGCAACCCGUGCUGCCUGAGUCAUAUAGGAUACAUGAUGUUAAAAUAGAGCUACCGGAAGAUUAUGCAGGGACGGUUACACUAAGGUGCACACGCGGAUUGGAGGAUUCCAACGAGGAGGUGAUUACUAGAGAUUUCGUAUAUAAUGAAUCAGCUCAGCGUUGGGUAAUUAAGGGUAGAAAGGUGUAGACGGUGUAGAGUAUUACGAAUGAUGAACAAGCUCCCAUUUUAAUAUAACGACUUGCAUGGCACAGAAUACAACUCGUCCCGCGAUUGGUUCCCCUAUUCUGAUGUCGUCUUUUUCAUUUAAGGUUAAGAAGCUCUCUUAUGCGCCUCGUUGAAAUGAGAAAUAUUCAUUUUAC